UGCAGUGUCGCUGAGCUGGUGCAGUGCUAGACACUCGCUCAUCCUCACCGAUGGUCUGCAGAACAAGGGGGACUUUAAAAAAAAAUUAACAUCUGAAACAAAAAAAAACAUCCUACAUUUAACAAAAAAAAAAUCUUGAAAAAAUAAACCAACAAAACAUCCAUCAUGAGCUACGAUCCUUAUAUCUCCUACCGCCGCACUUGGGACAGCUACCGAGGCUCUUCUCGACCUUCCACCACCAAAUCCUUCAUGUACUCCCCUCUCUACUCCUCCUCUUCCUCCCGAGCCCUGGGCCUGGCGGCUGGGAAGCAGCGUCCACCCGCCUCUUCCUCACUGCCAGACGCGUCUGCGCGGAUGGACCUGGCCGAGGCCUCCAGCCUCAACACAGAGCUGCUGGGGCUCCGCAGUCAGGAGAAGGAGCAGCUGGUGGGCCUCAACGACCGCUUCGCCACCUACAUCGACAAGGUGAGGCGCCUGGAGCAGCAGAACCGGGCCCUUCUGGCAGAGCUGGAGGCUCUCAGGCGGAGGCAGAGGGACCCGUCUCGUCUUCAGGGGCUCUACGAGGGUGAAGCCCGGAGCCUCAGGGCUGCAAUCGACCAGAAGACAGGAGAUAAGAUGCGCAUGGAGGCAGAGAGGGACUACCUGAAGGACGUGUACGGGCAGCUGAAGGAGCGCUAUGAGGAGGAGGCGCAGUGCCGUGCGGAUGCGGAGGAGGCCCUGCAGAGGGCCCGGGAGGAAGUGGGGCGGGCCAUGCUGUCUAACUGCGAUGCAGAGGCCAGCGUUGUCUCCCUGGCCGAGGAGAUGGGCUUCCUGAAGAAGGUGUUUGAGGAGGAGCAGGCGGAGCUGCAGGCCCAGGUUGUGGCGGCUAACGUGUGUGUUGACUUGGAGGUGAGCAGGCCAGACCUGUCUGCGGCACUCAAGGAGAUCCGGGCGCAGUACGAGCGGCUGGCCAAUAAGAACAUGCAGGCGGCCGAGGACUGGUACCGGGGGAAGUUUGAGUCCGUGGCGGAGAUGGCGUCGAAGAACAACGAGGCGGUGCGCUCCAUCCGGGAGGAGACCAUGGAAUACCGUCGGCUGCUCCAAUCACGCUCUUCUGAGAUCGAGGCCCUGCGGAACGUCAUCGAGUCGCUGAACAAACAGCUGGAGGAGCUGGAAGAGCACCAGGGGGGAGAGGUCACGAAGUAUCAGGUGAGGAUAAACGAUCUGGAGUGCGACAUCAACGAGGCAAAGCAGGAGAUGUCUCGCUACCUCAGAGAGUACCAGGACCUUCUCAAUGUUAAAAUGGCUCUGGACAUUGAGAUCGCGGCAUACAGGAAACUGCUGGAGGGAGAAGAGUUCAGGCUGACCUUCUCUGCUCUGAACUAAAUCCUCUUCACACUGAACCCCAAUAACCCCGAACCCCAAUAUCUCAAUAGCCUAUACCCUAACCUAAACCAUACUCUUUAGUCUUAUAGCCCUACCAUUGGUCCUCCUUCCACCCUUACCUAAACCCCAUACUACCCCACCGUUACCUAAACCCCUUACUACCCCACCCAUACCUAAACCCCAUACUACCCCACCCUUACCUAAACCCCUUACUACCCCACCCCACCCUUACCUAAACCCCUUACUACCCCACCCUUACCUAAACCCCUUACUACCCCACCCUUACCUAAACCCCAUACUACCCCACCCUCACCUAAACCCCAUACUACCCCACCCUUACCGAUACCCCAUACUACCCCACCCUUACCUAAACCCCAUACUACUCCACCCUUACCUAAACCCCAUACUACCCCACCCUUACCUAAACCCCAUACCUUCCUCCCCAUAACUCAUCCCCACUGUACCACCCUAAUCUAGUACCACCCUAAUCUAGUACCACCCUAAUCUUGAACAAACCCCCCUAAGCGUCCUGAACGUCACCCUUCCGAAGACAGAUGUGCCCUUGUUCUACACAAGAGGUCCACGAUGAAGAGGUCCCCCUUCUUCUCCACACUGAUGUUGUGACACCAUACAUCAACAAAAUGGCCGCCAGGCAGAAGACUGCAGAGAUACGCUGCACUGCAUUAGCUCAUACAGCUCAGCCUGUGAGCAAUAUCCUCCUGUUAGAGUUCCCCAUCUCCGUUAGCCUGGUCCCAGAUCAGUUUGUGCUGCCAUGUCAUCGGCUUAUGGUCUCUGUCACACCAGCAGAAACAGAUCUGGGCUACGUCGCCAUGAUAUCCAAGCAUCAGGCUCAGUAUUUCAUUUGACUAUCCCCUCCCCCAUUGUGCAAACAUUUUACCAAUUGUUUGUAAAGGAGGACUUUAUUAAAAUGUCAUUUAGCUUUGGAUGCUUGGAUUGUAUAUGUGUGUUGUUCUCAUGCUGAUAGAAAGCUGUUGUGGGCGUAUUGAUUAGGAAUAUAUUGAUGUGGAGCUCUAUCAACCGGAUAUUGAUCCUGAACUAAUAAGCACCCCUGGUUCUGUAACCGGUGGAACAGUAACCUUAAAGUUUAUUUACCUUCUCUGUUACUCUUUCAUGAUAUUUCCAUCCUCUUAUCAAAUUUACACAAGCUUCAGUCAGGCGAAGAUAAGACAAUAAUCGGUUUUGGCAUGUUGUUCAUGAAACAUAAAUACUAAGCCAAGCGGUCUCUUGCCGUAUGAAUGACAAGCUGUGUGUAAGGAAAUGUCAUGUAAAGACUGCAUUAUUAAGAGCUUAGUUACUGGUUUCUCCCUGUGAUCUCAGAGAAAUAACUAUUAUCUUCUGUUAGCCCUUUUCUGUUCUGUAAGACCUUCCGAACCUAGCCUGGGUACCAGUCUGUUUGUGCUAACAUUACGCUCCUUUGCCGCCCCUUGUCAUACCAAACAUGUUUGUCAUAUGACACGGAGUACAAGGGGUGGAAUGGUAGCACAAAACAGGUCUGGAUUUCAGACUGGUCUGAACCUACAAGUAAAUAGUUAAACAACUGAAGAACAACUUAGCCUGGUAACAGAAGAAUCCAGCCUGGUAUCUCAAGCUCUUUGCUGUGCAUAUGUAUGCCCGACUGAUCUUAGAUCUGAAACUAUCCCAAGUCUGCACCUUAUACUGUAUGCGUGGUAUACCUGUAAAGGGCCAGCAACUUGCUGAAUAAAAUUACAUAACUGAACUGCAAA